GCUGCCGGAGUGGGGAGGCCGAUCUCCGCCGAGGGCCGUCCUUUUCUGCGCUCGCCGCCGACGCGAAGACAUCGCCCCGAGGCGCGGCCAUCAUGUCGAAGUCUGAGUCCCCCAAGGAGCCCGAGCAGCUGCGGAAGCUGUUCAUCGGAGGGCUGAGCUUCGAGACGACGGACGAGAGCCUGAGGAGCCAUUUCGAGCAAUGGGGCACGCUCACCGACUGCGUGGUGAUGCGGGACCCCAACACAAAGCGCUCCCGGGGUUUCGGGUUCGUCACCUACGCCACGGUGGAGGAGGUGGACGCAGCCAUGAACGCGAGGCCUCAUAAGGUCGACGGCAGAGUGGUCGAGCCCAAGAGGGCCGUUUCGAGAGAGGACUCUCAGCGGCCAGGUGCCCACCUGACAGUGAAGAAGAUCUUCGUGGGGGGCAUCAAGGAGGACACGGAGGAACACCACCUGCGUGACUAUUUUGAGCAGUACGGCAAGAUCGAGGUGAUUGAGAUCAUGACGGACCGUGGCAGCGGGAAGAAGAGGGGCUUCGCUUUCGUCACCUUCGAUGACCACGAUUCCGUGGACAAGAUUGUCAUCCAGAAAUACCACACCGUCAACGGGCACAACUGUGAAGUGCGGAAAGCCCUGUCCAAGCAGGAGAUGGCCAGCGCGUCGUCCAGCCAGAGGGGUCGCAGCGGUUCGGGGAACUUCGGAGGCGGCCGCGGUGGCGGCUUUGGGGGAAACGAUAACUUCGGCCGUGGCGGGAACUUCAGCGGACGAGGUGGUUUUGGAGGCAGCCGAGGUGGCGGCGGAUACGGUGGCAGCGGGGACGGCUACAAUGGCUUCGGCAAUGACGGUGGCUAUGGAGGCGGCGGCCCUGGCUACUCUGGAGGAAGCAGAGGCUAUGGAAGUGGUGGACAGGGUUAUGGCAACCAGGGCAGUGGCUAUGGCGGGAGUGGCAGCUAUGACAGCUAUAACAACGGCGGCGGAGGUGGCGGCGGCGGCGGCUUUGGCGGUGGGAGUGGAGGCAAUUUCGGUGGCAGCGGCAGCUACAACGACUUCGGCAGCUACAACAACCAAUCCUCCAACUUUGGGCCCAUGAAGGGCGGGAACUUUGGGGGCCGGAGCUCCGGCCCCUAUGGCGGCGGGGGUGGCCAGUACUUUGCCAAACCCCGGAACCAAGGCGGCUACGGCGGCUCCAGCAGCAGCAGCAGCUACGGCAGUGGCCGGAGGUUCUAACUGCCCCCCAGGAAACAAAGCUUAGCAGGAGAGGAGAGCCAGAGAAGGAAGUGACAGGGAAGCUACAGGUUACCACAGAUUUGGGAACUCAGCCAGCCAAGCACAGGUGGUGACAGGGCAGUUCCGCUACCAGAAGACAUGUUUUAGACAAAUACUUUCUGUGUAUGGGCAAAAAAAAAAAAAAAAAAAAAACCACCAACCACGAGGACUGUAUUUGUGACGAAUUGUAUAACAGGUUAUUUUAGUUUCUGUUCUGUGGGAGUGUAAAAGCCUUCCAACAAGGGUUUUAAUGUAGAUUAUUAUUAUUAUUUUUUUUUUUUUUGCACCCAUGCUGUUGAUUGCUAACUGUAAUAGUCUGAUCAUGACGCUGAAUAAAUGUGUCUUUUUUUUAAA